GGAAAUCAAAAGCCUAAACUCAUUUUAAAAUUAGAACAAGACCUUUUUACUGAACAACCUGUUUGCGGUGAAAGACAUUUCAGUUUUUUUUUAAGUUAUGUGGUAAAACGUUAGUUUGUGGCCAGUUAUAGUAGUUUCAGAGAAAAAGACUUUAUUCAAAUAAUUAGAAAAAUGUGUGAAACAAAAUUAAAGUUACAAGUAGUUUUAAUAGUUUUAUGUUUAACAUUUAAAGGGUUUUUAGCAGUUGAUGAUUCUCUACUAUUCACUGUCACACGAGCACCGCGGUACUUCGGGAUCCUGCAGGACCAUCGAGGGCAGCCGUUAUCAGUAGAAGUGUCCGAGGAAUACAUGGACCAAGACUACAUAGCAACCAAUAGAAAACGGCAUAAAAUUGAUUGGAACAAGUUCUCUUCCCUUCACAGGAAUCCUUUGGAUAUGGAUGACUUUGAUGACGAUGACACGGAAGAAAUAUUUGAUGAUAAGGAUAAGGAUGUGAAAGUGCCAAAUAAAUACAAUCUACAAGCAGGCCCAGUGUAACAUAUCGUAAUAUAGUAUUUAGAAAUAAGGAUAUGUUUAAUAAACUUGUUAAGUGA